AUGGAUGUUGAACAAGUGAAUAAUAUAUUUUGGAGACCCAUUUCCGAAAAUCUCGGGUCUUCAAGUUUGGAGUUGCUCAUGUGGCAGGCUGUCACUCGGAAAGUUGAAGUUUCAGAAUCUCUUGAGAACGAAAACGAAGAUGUGCGUUGGUUAACACGAGGCCAAUCGAAUUGGUCUGAUGAUCCUGGAAAUUCAAACAGUAUACCUCGGCAAUCUGGAGGUCGACAGACUCCAGGACCAUCUUCGCGAACUGUAAUUCACGAAGAAGAUUCAUCUCCCUCCUGCAAUGGAUUUAGGUUAGGCGUUUAUGGAUGGAGAAAACGGUGCCUCUACUCUCUAGUAGUAGGAUUAAUGAUCAUCGUCAUAUUAAACUUAGCUCUUACUCUUUGGCUACUAAAAGUCAUGGAAUUUAGUUUCGAGGGUAUCGGUUCCUUGAAAGUCGUUCCUGGUGGAAUCGAGUUGAGAGGUCAAGCUGCCAUUCUAGACGCCUUGAUAGCUUCAAGCGUAAGGUCGAGGAGAGGAAGAAACUUGGUCCUCGAGUCCUGGGGCAACUUCACAGCAUCCGCAAGGUCACACGACGGCCGUGUUCUCGCAAGAUUCACUCUCAACGAGGACAGAGUGGAUUGCGUGUCGAGAGGAUUUCGAAUAACUGACCCCCGAGGAGGACUUUUGUUUUCCGCGGAUAGAGAAAGAGUCGUCGUUGGAGCAGAAACGUUACGAGUAACAGGCGUUGGGGGUGCUAUUUUUAAAGGAAGUGUACAAACGCCUCUGGUCAGUGCAGAAUCUGGCCACAAUCUCAGGCUGGAAUCAGCAACGAGAUCGUUGAAAAUUGAUGCACCUCAAAGGGUUGUGCUAGAAUCGUUCGGAGGUGAAAUAUCAGUAACUUGCCUAUCGGACAUGCAACUACAAAGUAUAGAAGGUGCAAUAAGAUUCGAGUCAAAAUCUGUCUUCCUAAAGGGCCUGAAAACUGCUGUUCCUAUUCAGGGUUAUUCAUCGAGAGAACAACAACAACAAUAUUCGAGUCGAUCAUCAUCAUCAUCAUCCUCAUCCUCAUCAUCAUCAUCAUCAUCGCAUCAAAAUCAACGGGAAUCAACGAUCUACCAACUUUGUGCCUGUGCGAGUGGUAAACUUUUUCUCGCAAGUCCUGAGGGAGUUUGCCAGGCCGACAAAGCCGUCUGUUAAUAGUCAACUUAUAAAUUAAUUAUAUUCAUUAAUACUAAUUAAUUGAUGAAUUUUUUUUUUCAUAUAAAAAACAAAUUCAUUGUAAUUAAUUACUAUUAAUAAAAAAAAGAGCACUGACAGUUCAAGGCUGUGUGUCAUUUGAAAAAUGAUACCGAGGCCUUUAUUAAAAAGAAAAUUUCUUUUUUUAAGUUUUGGCUCUGAAAAAAAAUGUCUCGUUCAGAAAAUUUCUGUCUAAAGCGAAUUUUCUGAACGUUGCGAAAAUACCUCGUGUAUCUAUUAUGUAAGGGGUCCUAAUAAGAAAUUAGGUUUGAUAAAGAAAAAAAAAUAAAUCGAAACAACUUUUCAACACCCUUAAGAAUGUUAAAAUAAAUUUUUUUGAACGUAUGUAAAUGAAGUUUAUAAAAGCGAAUGUUUGUUAUUAGAGAGCUUGUGGUAGAAUUGUGAAAUAUAUAUAUAUAUAGAUAUAUAUAGUCCCGUGUAAUUCUGUCCCCGAAAAUGCGCAAAAAUAAUAUUCUUAGGGGUUUUUUUUUCAUUUUCUUUACAUUUUUCCAAAAAAAAUUAAAUUUCCAUUUUAGUAAAUUAUUAUUCUUUGUUGGGACACCUUACUGUACAUAUACGUAGCUGUGUGCAAUGUAUAUCUUGUAUAUCAAUAAAAAAAAUGUACGAUUAUCGUUGAACGUUAGAUUUUAA